AUGGCGAAAAGAAAGAGACAACAAGCCCCUGCGGCUGAUAUCCCGGCCGUCGCUGAGAAACCGCAAAACAAAAAGGCAAAAGCUGCCCCGGCCACUACGAAAAAGACUACAAAAACAAACGGCAGCUCCUCUGCCGCUCUCAAGCCCGAAACCAUCCAGCUCGUCGCAGGCUCCUACGACCAAGUGCUGCACGGCAUGACGGCUGAGCUGCACAAUGGACCCGACUGCCAGUUCGCCGACACUUUCCUCUUCAACGCGCACAGCUCGGCCGUCCGCUGCGUGGCCGUCUCGCCCGUGUCGGCCAGGAUUCCCGGCCAAGGACAAAAGGUGCUCCUCGCCUCGGGCAGCACCGACGAGCGCGUCCACAUCUACAGCCUGUCGGCGCACCCGCCGCCGCAGGACCGGAAGAGCCGCGCGCUGCUGGCCAAGGUGGCGCCGCGGCCGAUCCUAGAGAACCCCAAGAACCGCGAGGUGGGCACGCUGCUGCACCACGCGUCGACGGUGACGGCGCUGCGCUUCCCCACCCGCGCCAAGCUGCUGUCGGCGAGCGAGGACUCGACGAUUGCGGUGACACGCGCGCGCGACUGGUCAGUGCUGAGCACCAUCAAGGCGCCCAUCCCGACGGCGCACGGGCGGCCGAGCGGUGACACGGCGCCGUUUGGCGGCACGCCGGCGGGCGUCAACGACUUUGCCAUCCACCCGAGCAUGAAGCUCAUGAUCAGUGUCAGCAAGGCCGAGCGCUGCAUGCGCCUGUGGAACCUGGUGACGGGCAAGAAGGCGGGCGUGCUGAGCUUCACGCGCGACAUGCUCGUGCAGGCCGGCGAGGGCAAGCACUCGAGCGGCGAGGGGCGGCGGGUGAUAUGGGGCCACGUCGACGGCGCCGACGAGUUUGCCGUGUCGUUUGAGAGGGACGUGGUGGCGUUUGGCAUGGACAGCGUGCCCAAGUGCCGCGUCAUGCCGUUCAAGACCAAGAUUCACGCGAUUACCUACAUCAGCAUGGGCAGCGGCAGCGACAAGCAGCAAGCAGACGAAGAAGAAGAAGCAGAAGGGAAAGGAAAAGCACAGGGUGAUUCGGUCAUGGCGGUGUCGACGGAAGACGGCCGCGUGCUCUUCUUCUCGACCAAGACUGAGGACCUGGAGAAGCAGGAGGGCGGCGAGGACGAGAAGAAGCCGCUGCUGCCCCUCGCCAAGCUCAUCGGGCAGGUCGGCGGCAAGGAGGCGGGCGUGACGAGCCGCGUCAAGGACUUUGCGGUGCUCCGCAGCAACCUCAACGCGGGCCUGCUGUACGUCGUCGCGGCGGGCAGCGACGGCAAGGUGCGCGUGUGGACCGUCGCGGACGAAGAGCUGCGCGCCGGCAAGGUGCAGGGGAAGCUGGCGGGCGCGUACGAGACGCACAACCGCAUCACCUGCCUGGCGGCGUUUGUCAUGGUCCCGCGGCCGGACGACGCCGAGGACAGCGACGAGGAGGCGCUGAACGAGGACGAGGACGAGGAUGGAGAGGAGGGCAGUGACGAUAGCGAGGAUGAUAGCGAUUGA